GCCCAAAGCCCACGCCGAGAACCCCGCCGCUCGCAUUCGCAUUCGCAUCUCCCCCGCUUCCUCUCCUCCGCCGCCCCAAAACCCUAGCGGCGAGCGAGCGAGCGAGCCAUCCAUCACCCAUGGCCCGCAAGCGCCGCGCGCCGACGCCCCCGCCCCCGCCGCCGCCGCCUCCCGAGGCCGAGUCCUCCGCGGAUUCAAGCGGCGAGGAGGAGGAGGAGGAGGAGGAGGAGGAGGAGGAGAGGGAGUCUCCCGUCGCCCCACCGCCCCAGAAGCCCAGCGGCCGCGGCGCCGCCUCGUCGGAUGAGGAGGAGGAGGAGGAGGAGGACUCCGACACUGACACCUACGCCCAAGGUUUCCAGCUUCGGAAGGUUGGCGGCGGCGACGAGGAAGGGGAGGAGGUGGAAGGCGACUCGUCGGAGUCGGAGCCGGAGCCGGAGCCCGUCAAGAAGGAGUCGGCGAAGAAGGCCAAAGCCGAGGCCAAGAAGAAGAGGGCCGCGCCUGAGCCCGCGCCGUCGGGCAAGGCCAAGAAGGCCAAGCCGGAGAAGUCGUCGUCGGCGGCGGCGCCUGAGCCCGCUCCCUCCUCGGGCAAGUCCAAGAAGGCAGCCAAGGCUGAGGCUGCGAAAGCGGCUGCCGCUGAGCCGGCUCCUUCUACCGGCAAGGUGAGCAAGUACAAUUUGGCGCCGGAGCCCUCGCCGUCAAGCAAGUCUGGGAAGGCCCUAUCGCGAUGGACGACGGAUGACGAGGUCAAGAUUCUUGAGGUCCUCGUGGCCCAUUUCAAGAGCCACGGCACUCAGCUUAAAGUUGAGGGGAUCAUCGCUGCUGUCGGCGAUAGCCUCGAGAGGAAGAGCAUCAAGUAUUCGGACAUGUAUGAGAAGGUGCGGAGGCUCAAGCAGCGGUACGAGGCCACUGCCAAGAAAGUUGAACACGGCGGCGACCUACCAGCUAAAGAGGAUGACCUGCGGAUGUAUCAGCUAUCGUCGGAAAUCUGGGGAAAGAACGCAAAGGAUGCUGGCAAUUCGUCAAAGAACAAGAAGGGGCAAGCUAAGAAAGAUAAGGUGAGUGGAGAUUCAAAGGAAGCCGCCAAGGAAGAUAAGGUGGAUGAAGCCGCCAUUGCUGUGAAUGAAAAGGGUGGUACUCUGGCAGAGAAUAAGAAGGGGAAAACCAACAAGCAGAAAACAGGUAUGGAAACAAAGGUUGGAUCAUCUAAGGAGGCUGCUCUUGCUGCUAGUCCAACCAAGGGUAAGAAGAAGGGAAGCCACAAAGACAAAUUGGAUGAAGAAGCAAAGAGUGGCACGGCAAAGGUGACCUCCACAAUUGCCACUGAUGAUGAUGAUGGAACUUUGGGUGGGAGUAAGAGGGAGAAGGCUGGCAAAGAGGAAUUGGAUGGGGACACACAUAUCGUCAUGCCAAAGGAGGCCACCACAACUGCCGCUAGCGAUGAUGGUACUUUGGUUGGGAGUAAGAAGGGGAAGGCUGACAAUGGGAAAUUGGAUGGCGACACACACAGUGUUAUGCCAAAGGAGGCCACCGCUGGCACCCAAAAUGGUGGCAUCCUAACAGGAGGGGAAAAUCACAAAGAAAAAGUAGAUAAAGAUGCUAAUGUACCAAGCAUACGGAGGGAGUAUGCUGAAUUGCAGAGUUUGUAUCCCAACCUUGCUUCCUUUGUGAACGGAAUUGAGGCCCAGCAUCCAUGUGGAUCAACCUUCAAGAGAGCUUUUGAGUUCAUUAGUGAUGAUAAGGCUUGCACCCUGGAAUCCAAGAUCAAGAAGCAGAAGAUAGCGGAAGUGAGAAUGCAGCUCCGUCUAGCAGACACGAAGAAGGAAGUAGCCAAUGCUUUGUUAGGAUUGCUGGACUAAAACAUUGCGGUGCUGACAUCCUUUUUGUGCGAUGGUUGUAUUGAAGAUUCAAGUUGCAGAAGAUUUUUGGCUUGUGGAGCUAAGGGAUAUGACGUGACGAGUUGAGCUACUGGGUUUUCUGUCUCUGGUUCUCGAGAGCUAUUCUGUGAACGGUUGUUUAUGUGAUUAGAUGGUAGUAUCCCUUUAAUCUAUGAGUUAGCAAUGGAGCUGAUGACAGUUUAAUUAACUCCUGUAUCUAUGAUGGCAUUUGGCUUUAAUUAGGAGGUGUGCCUAAUUAAGGGGGUUCUAUAACUUUGGGAUAUGCGUGAUGCUGAUAUUGACCCGAAAUCCCGUAAUCCUGCUUAUUUUGUUGCCCGGUUUAUUCGACCUGCAACCGUUUCGUUUUGUUGUAAUGCUCCAACAUGAUCUCAGUCUCGUACAAUUCUGUGCAACUAAGUCAUGCUUAUUCA